GGCGACUCUUGCUUCUAGCUUUUGCAUUUUUGUUUUUAAUAGUUAGAAGAUUGUUAUAUCCACUAUCGUCUAACAACGAACUCUAUCAUUACCACUACCACUUACGGUUUGUAGUCCCUUUCACUAGUAGCAGUACCCACGUGUCUAGUCCCAGCACCUACACGGACCACAAGGCAUUCUUCCAGUGUAACUUAAAUUUAUGCUGUCUACUGCAACAUCGACAUCCAGGUCAACCUACUUACCACGGGGUGACUUUCUUGAUACAACAUCGACAUCCAGAUCAACCUCCUAUGAAUAUCUAUCUACGCACACGACUGAUCUACUACACGACAAGGAACAAAGAUGGAAGUCGUUGAUUCUUGCGUUGGGAUGGAUGUGGAUGGGUCUGGAAAUCCUCCAACGUCCUCUGUCUUAGGCGACUUCAAUGCCGCUGAGUUACAAACGCUAGAGCGUGGCAGACGGCUUCGAGCUGAGGGGAAGUGGAGUGAAGCUGCGCAGCUGAUCAAUGCAGAUUUUUCGAAACAAACGAAAGAUGUAUAUUAGAGUAGUCCGUUUUUCGAGUUACGGGUUGCUCGAGUUCUCUCGAGUUACCACGAGUUGCCGAAACUCACGCGCCCAGUCCGGAACGAGUUGCUAACGAGUUCCUCUCGGCAGCUUGCCACUUUGAAAGCGCAGCACCCCGCGGCGGUAUGGCGGGCCAAGAUGCCGCGGAGUUCAGGGGGAAGCUCGUGGCCAGUUGUUUCGUGGCAGAUCUGCCGUCUGUAUUAAAGAGACACGCCCCGGCCGAGCUCUUCGGGGCUUGGGCUUAGCGAAAGUAUGAAGGCGAACCCGGGGCCUUUUUUGUUUGAGUGGCGCGCGCGCAAGCCUUGUGAAGUGCAGCGAUUUCCUCGCGGUGUCGGUGUCUCUGCAUGGUCGUGCGCUGAUGUCGGUCGCGGUCUGGCUCUGUUUUUUUUUGCUGGUGAGUGGCCAGCUUGUUCGGCUUCUUGGGGCCCCUGUUUGCGCUGUAGUGGGCUUACUGAGUAGCGCGCCGCCUAGUGGGUAGCGGUAGCAUCACAAGCAGGGCCCCCCUGAGUAGUGUAGACGCAUCGGGAUCGGAAUGGAGUAGAUUCAUUUGUGUGCUUGUUUUAUAGGACAGCAGCUAUACAUUACCAGGCAGGCGCGCUAUCUUAGUAACACAAAACUACGAGGGCAGGGCCCUGGGUGGCGUUGCUCUUGUCUGCCCCGCGCAUGCAGCGCCUCGCAGAGAAGAGAGGGCGCUACUGGAGGCGUUCGCUUGUGAGGGUGGUUUGCGCCCCUGGGCAACGUAUUUGACGCUUCGAAGAUAGUGCGCCCGAAGGGCGCAGCGAAAAUCUUUUUGGUAUGGAACUCGUUCAACUCGAGCAACUCGAGCAACUCGACCCGAUAUCGGGCGCAAAAAGUCUAAUUCUAGUAUAUGUGAUUUUGUUUAUGUUUUGUAAGUCACAAGCACAAGCGCAACAGGAACUACACGAACAGCUAUCGCUCUUCUAAACCUAUCCCAAAAAUCCAUGGUUCAAUUUCAAAAAUCCAUGUCCUUGUUCCAUCUCUAUUUCAUCCUAAAAAGGUCCGCAUAGCUGUCGAGGCUGCAGAGUUCACGCUUUCCUUGUGCUCUUCAGCAAGCCCGCAGACGGUGGAGGCACAUUCCGCCAGAGCUCUGGAUCUAGUUCAAUACUAUAGCAGUACAACUACAGCUCAACAGCAACAGCAAGGCUUUACGGAUGAGCUCCAACUUCUAGAAACGAGGACAAGAGUCUGUGAUUGUCGGAGUCUUUUUGCGAAGGCGAAAUACAUAGAAGCCUGUUCCAAAUGGAUAGAGCUCUGCGGAUCGUCGAGUAGUCGUGUCUUGGGAGCAACGAGAGACGCCUUGCACCACGCCAUAGCGUGCGCAGUGUGUGCUGCGAGAGGGCCAGGGAGGACACGGUUGCUGAGCGUAAUAGGAGGUUUCUUAGGUGGUCGUGCCGCUGCUGCUAGCAGCGGAGGUUACACGACCGACUCUCCCUUCUCCAACGAGCGUCUUCAAAAAUUAGCGAGACUCGUUUCCCGUUUACACGCAGAGCGCUUUCUAGACAUGGCUACCUCAGACGAGAAGAUCCGCCCACUGCAAUCACUUGCUCUCCUCGCUUCAUCACUAGUCUCCUUGUCCGACCCCACAACCAUGUCGCAGCCCCCCACAGACAUCUUCACCGAAGAAUACAGGAAAGCAGAACAACUCCUGUUGUCAAAGGUUCAGGAUUAUGGCAAUCAUCUUACUUUCAUGGCAAUCUUAUCUUCAAUCUUAUCUUCAGACAAGUACAGACUUCCAGUUUUUUCAUGAUGUUCCCAGGCACCAGCACCGCGGACUACCUCAAAUAACUCAGAGGAAUUUGGUUGAGUAGUCCUGUUUUUAUCCUCUCCAACCUGUUUUUUUUUCGACGUAUCUGCUCCUAGUACGGCGUCACUCAGUCGUUGCUGGCUCGCCUUUGUCUCGUUUCCUGCUUUUGCUCUGUCUCUCAGGUGCUUGAGACGUGGAUGGCAUCGUCAUCCUCGUCGCCGUCCUGGGGAUUCUUUUUCUGAUCCAGCAAAGCAUCAGAGUUGUUGUUCUCGUCACAUGCCCACAGACUUUGCGCAUUGUACUUGGCAAAGAUCUCGAAGUCCUGGAGAUCCUCUGUGUGCUCAUGCGGGUCUUCCUGCAUGCGCAAGAGCACGUGGGGCAGCGUCUUCUUCACAGAAAUUGGACAAUGAUAAUCCAAAAAUUUUUAUCCAAGGUAUCUCCUCCUACUCAAAUUCAUUCAGCAUGAUCUUCUCAACUCCAAUAUUUAUAUAAUAUGUAACAGACUCUACUGCGCCCACUCUAAUGCCCGCACAAUCUCCUCUGUGCGUGUCGACUCUAUUCCUCGGUUCGGCUCAGGGAUUUGGCCAUCCUAAAUCUUGGUUCGGUUGAGAAGCUGGCAGUGAAGCUUAUUAACGAUGGAAGGAUAAAUGGCAGUAUCGAUCAGGAAUCAGACCUGAUUUAUUUUCAUGUUAUGGCCACGACUACUUAAUGGAGGUAUUCGGAAUACCUUGAAGGUACUAGUAGUUUAAUUAUAAGGCUCAGCUUUCAAUGGUCAUAGGGGUUGGUCACGGAGAUCGAAGAAGCGACCCCUUUAGAGAGCAGGGGAAAAGGAAGGGAAAGGGGAGAGCUUUGAAGGGGGUCGCUUCAGUUCAGCAUCAGUGACCAUUGAAUGCCGCGCUUUAAUUUAAGUUUUACUUGCUUGUUAUGUAGUGUAUGUCGACCGUCGAUAAGGCGACGGUGGACGUGCACUACAUAACAAGCAAGUAAAGGUAAUUUUAUAGUGUAUGUCGCCAAAGAUAAUUCUUAGAAGGUCUUUGGUUUUAGUGUACGUCGACCGGCGCCUUUCAUCAUUCUAUAAUACCAAAAAUAAUUCUAAAAAGUGCUUUCCUCGUUAGUAGAGAUCGAGACUGCACUGAUCAUCGUUACCUAUGAACUGAUCGAAACUGCACUGAGGCUGAUCAUCAUUAGAGAUCGAGGCUGCACUGAACUGAUCGAGCCUACAAAGUUCUUUCGUUCGAGCAUCGCCAUGAUCCUCUACUCAGCGGAUCAUACAACGCAUCAACAUUUCUAACUCGAAGAGCCAAAGCGAGGGCGAUGCAACAGCUGCCAGUCUGCUUUCGACCAUUGAUGACUGCGCACAAAGAAUUAAAGCAUUGAGACUAAACGCCGCGUCUACAACUUGCUGACGAUUUUCAACAUCGGAGAAAUUUACAUUGAGAUUGAC